AUGGAACCGGAGCCGUCCCUUGCCGCUCUCCUCAAGGCUGUCACAGCCCUCACAGCCAUGGUCGGGUCCCUACAGGACCAAAUCAGAUCACAAGGCCAACAGCUCACUGAGCUCAAAGCCAUAUGCAAGGAGACCGCCAACUUACUUGGCGACAAGGACCAAGGAACCCAAGCCCAGCCUGGCCCAUCGACUGGGCCUGUCACCCCUCCUACCCACUCAGGAGGGGAAACCCACACUCCAGGCACGGUUAGGCCUGGGCUCAAAGCUCCCUUCCGUCCUUCAAGAGGAACAGGAUUUGACUCCGAGGAGGAGGAAGAACCAAGGCAACCCAAAAAAGAGCCUCAGGGAACGCCUAGGCGGUCACUCAGCUCCCUUACCCCCUUUGACGCAGGGUCCAGCGUAAAAAGGCCCAAGAUGGACCUCCCCAACCCGUAUAAAGGAGACACCAGGGGACGCAAGGCCACACAAUGGCUGGACCGCAUGCUGCUCUGGGUGGCCCUACACAGGGACCAAUUUGACAAAGAGGAGCAAAUGGUCGUGUGGAUACUCUACCACAUGACAGAUAAGGCAGCUGAUUGGGCUCUCCCUGUCAUAGGAGCCAUCAUCAAGGGCGAGGGCAACCCGCCAACCACUAUCCCGGCCUUAACGGCCAAAUUCAAGGAGGCAUUUGCAGACCCUGAUGCCAAAAGGGCGGCUGCCAGGAAAAUUGCCGCGCUGACUCAGACCACAACCACGUCGGAGUAUGUCACAGAAUUCUGCAAUCUCAUGGCGGAACUCGACUGGAAUGAGGAGGCGUAUAUCGCCCAAUUCACGCGCGGCCUUCACUGGAAGGUCAAAGAACUCCUGUCCACCAAAGACAGUAUUCCCAACAAAUUAGAGGCUAUUUUUGCUGCCUCCAUCAAGAUUGACAACAUCCGUUGGGAGAACAAGGAGAACCGCCCCAAGAAGCUCCCUGUCAAGUCCUUGGUCACCGCAACCACUACCUCCACCACCACCACUCAACGGGUCCAACUAUCAGAGGACCCCAAUUACGUUACCCCGGAGGAAAGGGACCGUCGUUGCGCAUCUGGCCUUUGUGUCAAAUGCGGUCAAAAGGGGCAUGGCAUCAAACAAUGCCCUAAUGGUUGGAAGGCAACUAUCAAGGAAGUUGCCAAGCCCCCGACUCAAAAAAAGGACAAUCUAGAUAGUUGCGUUGAAUUUGUAUCAAAUUUCCCGGCAGAACCUCUCAAAACUUUAAUAGACUCAGGAGCCACAUUGAACUUCAUUUCCCCCGCAAUUGUGGAAAAAUACAAAAUCCCAAAAACCCAGCUCAAAAAUCCACAAGUUGUGAGAAUGCUAGAUGGUACCAUUUCCCAGACUGGUUGCAUUUGGCACCAGGUUCAACUCACGGUCUCGGCCCAUGGCCACACACACUCCAUCCCCUUCCUUGUCUGCCCAAUAGGCAACACCCCGGCAAUACUUGGCAUGACAUGGCUGACCCAGGAAUCACCUCUAAUAGACUGGUCUUUAGGCACCAUCACAUUCCCAGACCAAGUCCAGAUUGCCUCAGAGGAGGAAGCAGAUCCUAAUCCACUAGCCGACUUGCCCGCAGAAUACCACAAAUUUGCUUGA